AUGAAUCUGUGGUUUUCGACGGGUUGUAUGGGUACGGGUCACAAAGCGCUGUUCUUAUGGUUGUUGCUCUUGCUCGCCCUUGUCUUUCUAGUUGUUUACCUGGAUGGUGGUCUGGAUGGAGAGCCGUCGAUAUUUUUUGUGAUUUUAGGAUUUUUUGACAUCAUUUUUUUGUCCACCUCAGUGAUCAGAAUAAUGCGCCACUAUCAAAUUUGUGGUGUGGGAAGGAGGCAAUACGAUAUGAAUGCACCAUAUCAGGUGGCAGCAUACGUUUACCCACUAGAAAAACGAGUCUCUGCUGUUGCGUUUGCGUUACUGGUCUUCAAAGUUAUUUUCGAAAUACUGCUUUAUAUUCGAUUAAAAUUUGGGAUGGUUCCGGUGUUCUGGCUGGCAAUGCCAUUUUGGUUAUUUCUGGUCGUCUUGAUUAUCGAAUUAACUUUUCGCUUAUUUAGCAUACACAAUAGACCACCAGUAAAGAUAAGACAGCGUAGUUAG